AUGCCCGAAUUCCACUCAGCACCGCAGCCGGCGGCGGCCGCCAGCGACGAGGCUGCCGAAGAGAUCCGUUUUCCGCCCGUCAGUCGCGACCACAUUCUCUACUGUUCAUACGACUACUGGUUCCCAAAAUACCGCAAGGUGUGCAUCAAGUCACGCAUCAUCCCGCUGCCAGCCGAGUUUAUCGAGUACCUUCGCGAAGACAGCAUCAUCCUGAGCGACGAGAGCCAUGGGACGCCAAAGGGCAAGGAUGAAGACGACGAUGACGAUUGGGAGCCCUCAAACCCUACUAUGCGGCACUACAAGUCAGCCGACGAGGAAAAGUACGACGUGUUUCUGGACGACGACAGCGACGACGACGACGACGACGACGACAAUGCGCCGCCAGUUGUGAGGCUGCCGCCCAACAAGCGCUUCCCAGAGCUGCACCAGCGGAUCAAGGACGAGAUUGCGGCGCUGGGCGGCGUUGUGGCGCCCAAGCUGAACUGGAGCGCGCCCAAGGACGCGGCCGAGCUGAUGGAGCAGAAGAACACAAUGAAGUGCCGCACCCCCGACGACAUUUACUUUAUGCUCAAGAGCUCCAACUUUGUCAGCCACGACCUCGAGCACGCCUUUGACGGGACGACGCCAACCACGUCCGGCCCGUCUCGAUCCGCAUCCGCAUCUGCGUCCACACCCACGUCAUCAUCCGCCCUCGGCUUCAACCCGGUCUUGGUGCUCCGCGCCUACUUUGACAUCCACACGGCCCUCGAGUUCCGCUGCUUUGUCAAGCAGCGCAACCUCGUCGCCGUCACGCCCCGCGACCUCAAGUACUACCCCUACCUCGACGGCCUGCGCAGCACCAUCCUCGAGCGCACCAAGACGCUCUUCCACAGCAAGCUGCAGUUCACCUUCCCCUCGGGCAACUUUGUCUUUGACAUUUACAUCCCCGAGAAGCGCGGCCACGACGUCGGCGACGUCGGCGACAACGAGGCCGACGCGCCCAACCCCAACGGCCGCCUGUCGUACGCGCGCCUCAUCGACAUCAAUCCGUGGGCCCCGCGCACGGACACGCUGCUGUUUGACUGGAAGGAGCUGCUGGAGCUCAAGAUCCCGACGCCGUUCCUGGGCAUCGUGGGCGACAGCGGCGUGGCGGACGAGGACCAAGACGUCGACCAGGGCGACGGUGUCGACGGCGAGGCGGCGGAUGACGAGACGGAGGACGAUAGCGGCGACGACGACGACGACAACGACGACGACUACAACACUGAGCUGCGGCUCGUCGACGAGGACGACCCGGCAGCCAUGAACUUUAGCUCGGCGCCGUACUCGGCCCACAAGCUGCCCAAAGAAGUUGUGGACGCGAGCAUGGCCGGCGAGGGCGGCCUGCGCGAGUUUGCACAACAGUGGCAGGAGAUUGUCCAGAGCCGGGAGCAGAGACGGUAG